AAGAUGAGAUUAUCCCCCUUCGCACUUCAGAAGACCUAGACCAGGUUGUAAAAGUAUGGCAGCAAGAAAUGAUACAGAAAAGGAAGUGGAUUAUGCAGACAGGAAGAAUUGGUGGAAUGAGACCAAUCUAGGGAUACCUAGAUCUUUAAGUUAUUCUGGGAGAAACUUUGAUGAAUCAUUCCAAGCCAGUCGCGCAAGAAGUUUUUCAGGUCAAAGUCACCAAGAAUUUCAUGAAUUUAGCUCUCAAAAUAAACAGAGAACAGCUGCAUUUGAUACACUUUGCCAACAUCUUGGAGAGUUACAUAAUGAGCCUUUGUCACUGAGGGAUUGGGAACAGUUUAAGGAGUGGUUCGAACAAAGGCCGGAAUUGUCCAGCACUUUUUCACCAAAGGAAAUCCAGGUGUAUACCCAAUGUAAAAUGGUGAUGAUAGACAUAUAUGGCAAACUGCCUACUGACGAAACGUGGGAAAAUGCAAAGGAAUGGUUCUCUGCACGACAUCAAAAUUCUUCUCGGGAAAUGGCAGUAAAAGACAUGGGGGCAGAUAAAUUUGGUGUUGGAGAAACUCCUAUGGAUACAACAGAACAAAGAAGAAAAUUUUCUGAACAACCGCAUGACUCAGAAUAUCCGACAAAGUUAGAAGAUCCAAAAAGUCAGACAAGACGAGAAGUGGAUAGCCUCAAACAGAAACAAGUGAACACGGAAAGUGAAUUGGAUCAUUUGAAAAGGAAGGUGGAAACAUUAGAGGAAAAUGUUGAAACACUUCGCAGAGAAAACCUAGAGCUGUCAAGACAAAGAACAUCUCCAACAACUAGAACAAGAAACAUAGCACCUGAUGAACAAGCAGAUGCAGACAGUUUCAUGUCCCAAAAAAGGGAGUUACAGAUAGAGUUAGAGAGGUACCACAUGAAGUUAGAACAGCUUGAUCAUGAGAUUGUGAACAGAGACCAGGAAAUUAGAGAACUGAAAUCAGCAGUGAUGCAAUUGUCUUACAGGCUGGAAGAGAAGAGUGACCAGGUCAACAGAUUAGAAAAUGAUGUAUAUAGUAAAAACAAACAAAUCCAACGCCUUGAAAAGGAUAAGGCAGAUGCCUUACGACGACUGAGUACGUUGGCAAGCGCCAAGUUAUCUGACAACAAUCCAGAAAUCACUGACUUAAGUGACAUGAACAGACCCCAGAAGAUUGCAGAGAAGUAUUCAGAGCUGUAUGACAAUGAAUGGACAGAUGUAUAUGAGUAUCUCACCACAAAUGGCAAGGAUCACAAGAAGGCAGUGGCCAUCCUUCUCCAUGUGUUAGAGAACUGUUUCCAGUUUUGUAAGACUGUGGGCAAACAACAGUAUGAAGUCCUUUUGAAUAUGGCUUGUUCUCCAUCUCAAAACCAAAAGGAUGCAGGAGCUGGCAUUGGUAUAGUGCCUGUACAGACUGAGAGACAGGUAAUUAGUCAGAAAGUGAUAGAACUGCGGAAAACUGCAUUCCAACACUCACUUAACACCAUCCGACAGUCCUAUCAGACUGACAGGCUCAGAGAUGAAGUCCAUUCAACGACACAGGAUAUGUCUUUAUACGUGGAUAAGUGCCUGGAAGUGUCCUGGUUGGCCUGUAUUCAGGACCCUCCUCUGGAAAUCUUCUCUGACUUUCCUCUUUACUCAAAAGUAGAUUUGAACAUUGCACGUAUAUACACCAAGAGUGGAGAGUAUGUAGAGUAUGUCAUUUGGCCCGCCUUGUUGCUUAGCAAUGACGGUGCGCUUUUGUCAAAGGCUGUGGUGCAGUGUACGUCAAAGUCCCGGUAAUGCCCAGCCUCCACAUCACCAACAAAUGCAACGGCAUAGUGACUCUACUUACGAUAACAAUAUGUAGACUUACAGUGAAUGUAUUCAUUGCAUAAUGAUCGUCAGAAUUAAUGUAUUCAUAACUUUAUGAUUGUCAGAUUUUAUCAUCAAAUAUGUA